AUGUGCCAGACGUAUUCAUUUCACGAAUUGGCUCUCGACGAAGCAUCAAUAGGAAAAAUUAUAAUAGCGUAUUUUUUGGCAGCAACUAUGUCAAGUGAUGGUGGAAAACAUGGUGAUAUCGUCGGCGAUUAUAUCGACAAAAGGAAGUCAUGGAAAACCUCUAACCUAGGGUCAUUGUUAUUUAAAUUCCAAAAAACAAAUGACAUUGGAAAUACUACGAAGAACGAAGAGGACAAAAGAUUCAUUGUGUUAAUUUGGAAGCAUUGGGACUGGUUAAAGAGCCGCCACGUUUACAAUUUUAACAAUGAACGGCCACCUGAUAUUUUCAAUAAAUGCAGAGUGAAAAACUGCAUAUUCACAGGCGAUGAGAAGUAUUUGGAGAGCGCAGAUGCAGUAGUCAUUCAUAUGCAAAGAGGAAUAUAUCCUAACACGACCCGUCGAAAUAGGAAACAAAGAUGGAUCUUCCUGAACGAUGAAUCUCCUAUAAACGCAUUUUCCAUGGCAAAAACUAGGCCCAAAUAUAAAGAUUUGGCUAAUAUGUUUAAUUGGUCUAUGACUUACAGGAGUGAUGCUGACGUGCCUGUACCAUAUGGACGAACUGUGCCUUUAGAAAAGCCUUUAUUAUCUGAUUCGGCAAAUUUAAAUCAAUUAGUCCCAUAUUGGAGUAGCAAGCGCCGCGAUAAAUUAGCUUCUGUGCUGAUGUCCAACUGUGGUGUGUCGAAAAGAAUGAAAUACUUGACUGAGAUCGAAAAAUAUCUCCCCUUAGACGUAUAUGGGAAGUGCUCGAAGGACCAUAAAAAUAGUUGUCCUGGUCAUUUCAGAUCGGAUUGCAAUGUGACGUCGCAAUAUUUAUUCUACUUAGUUCUAGAAAAUUCACAAUGUCGGGAAUAUUUAACAGAGAAAGCGUUUAACAAUGCUUACGACAAGGGCGCCAUACCAGUUAUAAUGGGCCCGAAGCCAGAUGAAUGUGACAAAAUUCUACCUCCCAAUUCAUUCUUACAUAUUAAUAAUUUUGAUAAACCACGAGAUUUAGCGAAGUAUAUUAUUCAUCUAAGCGCAAAUGAUGAGGCUCUACUUAAUUUCCAUAGAUGGAGAAAUCAUUUCAAAAUCGUGAAUGAACAUGGAUAUUUCGGUACGAAGUCGUUUCAUUAUUGCAGAGUAUGUGAAGCGUUAAAUUAUAAUGACAAAAGUGAAAAAAUUUACAACGAAAACGAUUUGCGAACGUUUUUGGAUCCUGCCAAGUUAUGUUUUUAG